UCUCUGAUUUUCCCCUUCCUUGGGUAGUUGGAGAAGGGAAUUCAGGCUCAGAGAAGUGAGCUGAGCUACAACAAGAUUGCUGGGUCUGGGGCGCCUGCUUUACUGUGAGCCCCCAAGAAGAAACACAUCACCCGUCUCCCAUCAGCAACUCUGAAGAGAGAUUUGGGAACAUGAAGACUGGGGUGGAUGAGUCUGAACAGGGGCUGUUAUAAGAAGGAAUCUGGGAAUUCCGGAGGGGUCAGAGGAGAAAGGGCUGAAAAGAUGGGAGACAGGGAGCUAAGGCUACCUUUUUUCCUGGUAGUCUGGAAACAUGAGAGAACAUCUGUGUGGGUAAGUGACCACCUGAAUUGAGGCAGGAGAAUGCUUUGAAUGACUCCAGUGACCCUUGGCACUCGAUCAUCUGUAUGGUUUGAAGGGCAAGGGAGCACAAACAGUGAGGGUACAGCAAAGUCCUGACUCCCCCCACCCCAUCUCAUAUUCCUUUACAGCUUGUCCAGGUGACUGAGCCCCACACCCAAACCUCUUGGGGCAUCCAGAAGAUUCCCUGACUGGUCAGAAUCAGAGGGAAAAGACCUGCAAGUCCCAGCAUGGGAAUCAGAGCUUCCCAGCCAGCCUCUUAGCUGGGAAAGCAGCCAGCUUGCCUCCCCCAUCAAUUACAGAGAUAAUUAAGAAAGGGCCCCACCCAACAUGGAGACUGAGGACCACCUCUGCUGAUUCUCUGCCUUCUCCCCUGCCCUGCCCACCUAGCCUUAGCUGGGUCAGUCAUGCCAUGCUGAACAGUAGUGGGGACCUGGAGUCAGCUUGUCUGACUACAGGGCAAGGAUUGUGGGCAUCAUGAGGGUGUGUGUGAGUGGGGCUCCUGGGUGAGACCUAGCCCCCGCCCCCAGGAGUUCAAGGGGGUGGGGGGAUCUGAGGAUAGGAUGGCUCGGGGCGGGGUGGGGGCAGAGGAAGCCUCCCUACGCUCAAACGCGUUGUCCUGGCUGGCCUGUGGGCUCCUGGCCCUGCUGGCCAAUGCCUGGAUCAUCCUCAGCAUCUCAGCCAAACAGCAGAAGCACAAGCCACUGGAGUUGCUGCUCUGCUUCCUAGCGGGCACACAUAUACUCAUGGCAGCUGUGCCCCUCACCACCUUUGCUGUGGUGCAGCUGAGACGCCAGGCUUCAUCCGACUAUGACUGGAAUGAGAGCAUCUGCAAAGUCUUUGUGUCCACCUACUAUACACUGGCCCUGGCCACCUGCUUCACGGUUGCCUCGCUCUCCUACCACCGCAUGUGGAUGGUGCGUUGGCCUGUCAACUACCGCCUCAGCAACGCUAAGAAGCAGGCGCUCCAUGCCGUCAUGGGUAUCUGGAUGGUCAGCUUCAUCCUUUCCACACUGCCGUCCAUUGGCUGGCACAACAACGGGGAGCGCUACUAUGCCCGAGGCUGCCAGUUCAUAGUCUCCAAGAUUGGCCUUGGCUUUGGUGUCUGCUUCAGCCUCUUGUUACUUGGGGGCAUUGUCAUGGGGUUGGUCUGUGUGGCUAUCACCUUCUACCAGACAUUGUGGGCCCGGCCCCGGAGGGCUCGGCAGGCCCGGAGAGCAGGGGGCAGUGGAGGAACCAAAGCAGGUGGGUUGGGGGGCUUGGGUACCCGGCCAGCUUUUGAGGUGCCAGCCAUUGUAGUGGAGGAUACUCGAGGGAAGCGGCGGUCGUCACUGGAUGGUUCUGAGUCUGCCAAGACAUCCCUGCAGGUCACCAACUUGGUCAGCGCCAUCGUCUUUCUCUAUGACUCACUCACAGGAGUGCCCAUCUUGGUGGUGAGCUUCUUCUCCCUGAAGUCUGACUCAGCUCCACCAUGGAUGGUGCUGGCUGUGCUAUGGUGCUCCAUGGCACAAACGCUGCUGUUGCCCUCCUUCAUCUGGUCCUGUGAGCGCUACCGUGCGGACGUGCGCACAGUGUGGGAGCAGUGUGUGGCUAUCAUGUCGGAGGACGAAGGCGAAGAUGAUGGGGCCUGUGAUGACUAUACAGACAGCCGGGUGUGUAAAAUUCGUUUUGAUGCUAAUGGGGCCACAGGACCAGGGGCUCGGGACCCCACCCAGGUGAAGUUGCUGCCCGGACGGCACAUGCUCUUUCCUCCCCUUGAGAGAGUACACUACUUACAGGUCCCUUUGUCCCGUCGAUUGUCCCAUGAUGAGACCAACAUCUUUUCUACUCCUCGGGCACCAGGCUCCUUCCUGCACAAGUGGUCAUCCUCUGAUGACAUCCGGGUCCUCCCAGCCCAGAGUCGGGCCCUUGGGGGCCCUCCUGAGUAUCUGGGACAAAGACACAGGCUGGAGGACGAGGAGGAUGAGGAAGAGGCUGAAGGAGGGGGACUGGCCAGCCUUCGCCAGUUCCUAGAAAGUGGGGUUCUGGGGUCAGGCGGGGGACCCCCACGAGGUCCUGGUUUCUUCCGGGAGGAGAUCACCACCUUCAUUGAUGAGACACCUCUUCCUUCUCCGACUGCCUCACCAGGACCCUCUCCUCGUAGGCCCAGGCCACUGGGUCUCUCACCUCGUCGACUCUCCCUUGGGUCUCCUGAGAGCAGAGCUGUUGGACUUCCUUUGGGGCUAAGUGCAGGGAGACGCUGUUCCCUGACAGGGAGUGAGGGGAGUGCAAGGGCUUGGGGAAGACCUUGGGGCCCAAGCAACCCCAUCUUCCCCCAGCUGACCCUGUGAACCUACAUGGGCCUGGUGGAUUCAGAGGAGGGGGCAUGGGUGAGUACACUUCAUUCUGGCCCUGAGCCUACGGCAGCUGCCUUCAGACUCCAGGAAGAUGGGCGCUAGAUCUGGGCUGUGGAGCCCUUGCUCUCUCCCAUCCAAGUGACCAGACACUUUACUCAUCUUCCAUCACCCCUUGCAAAAUGUAUUAAAGGUUGAAGUGUUGCCAUGGAAA